AUGGCCGAACAACAACUAGGAGUGCUAAAGGCACUCGAUGUUGCGAAGACGCAACUUUACCAUUUUACGGCAAUUGUCAUCGCCGGUAUGGGUUUCUUUACGGAUGCCUAUGAUCUUUUCUGUGUCUCUCUCGUGACCAAGCUCCUUGGCCGCCUCUACUACUUCAAUCCGGCCUCAGAAAAGCCUGGCUCCCUUCCUCCUCAUGUUGCGGCUGCAGUCAACGGUGUGGCUCUCUGUGGAACCCUUGCCGGUCAGCUUUUCUUUGGAUGGCUCGGUGACAAGCUCGGAAGGAAGAAAGUUUACGGUAUCACUUUGAUCAUGAUGAUCGUGUGCUCCGUCGCUUCUGGUCUCUCCUUCGGCAACAAAGCCAAGGGAGUCAUGACCACUCUUUGCUUCUUCAGGUUUUGGUUGGGAUUCGGUAUUGGUGGUGACUACCCUCUUUCUGCCACCAUCAUGUCUGAAUAUGCAAACAAGAAGACUCGUGGUGCUUUUAUCGCGGCUGUGUUCGCCAUGCAAGGUGUCGGUAUCUUGGCCGGAGGUUUCGUGGCACUUGCCGUAUCUUCCAUUUUCGACAAGAAGUUCCCAGCUCCGAUCUAUUCAGUCNACAGGGCUCUCUCAACNCCNCCACANGCUGAUUACAUUUGGAGAAUCAUCGUCAUGUUUGGUGCNCUACCCGCAGCCUUGACUUACUACUGGCGUAUGAANAUGCCAGAAACCGCUCGUUACACCGCUUUGGUGGCCAAGAACAUCAAACAAGCCACACAAGACAUGUCCAAGGUCUUACAAGUGGAACUUGAGAUGGAGGAGAGGGCAGAGGACAUCGUUCAAGACCCAAGACUUAACUAUGGAUUGUUCUCCAAGGAAUUCGCUAGACGCCACGGUCUUCCCCUCCUCGGGUGUACCUCUACUUGGUUCUUGCUUGACAUUGCCUUUUACAGCCAAAACUUGUUCCAAAAGGAUAUCUUUUCGGCUAUUGGAUGGAUCCCAAAGGCAGCAACCAUGAACGGAAUCCACGAGGUUUUCAUGAUCGCUAGGGCACAAACCCUCAUCGCACUCUGCAGUACUGUCCCAGGUUACUGGUUCACGGUCGCAUUUAUUGACAUCAUGGGAAGGUUCGCCAUCCAACUCAUGGGAUUCUUCAUGAUGACCGUCUUUAUGUUCGCCAUUGCCUUCCCUUACAACCACUGGAUCAAACCAGACAACCGUAUCGGAUUCGUGAUCAUGUACUCACUCACUUUCUUCUUCGCCAACUUUGGACCCAACGCAACCACGUUCAUUGUCCCCGCGGAGAUCUUCCCGGCCAGGCUAAGGUCCACAUGCCACGGAAUAUCAGCCGCGACAGGUAAGGCUGGAGCCAUCGUGGGAGCCUUCGGGUUCCUGUAUGCGGCUCAGCCACAAGACAAGACCAAGACAGACGCUGGUUACCCACCAGGUAUCGGAGUGAAGAACUCAUUGAUCAUGCUUGGUGUUAUUAACUUCAUCGGUAUGCUCUUCACCUUCCUUGUCCCAGAGCCCAAGGGUAAGUCUCUUGAAGAGCUCUCUGGCGAGACUGAGGUUGAGAAAUGA